AUGUAUUUUAAUUUAUGGGCGCCGUCUACAACCAAAAGUUAUUCAUCUAAGAAUGAUUCCUCGGAUCAACUAGAUUCUCCUGAUAGUCAUAUUACGCUUGCAAGUGAAUUUCGUAAAUUCAGAAAACCAUUAAAAGGUCGAGAAAUAGAAAUUGAAGCACGAGGGUUUCCCGGAGCCCUUUCAAACCUAGAAAUAACCAGAAAGGUUUCUCAUAAAGAAUGGAUUAGUAGGCUCCGUGCUUUGGACAAACUUAAUGAGCAAAUUUCUGAUGCUGAGAAGAACGACCGAACCGCCGUACUCAUGGAUGUUGAGGAUUUGAAAGAACUGAGGGAGGAGUUUGAGUUCUUGCACAAAGGCGUUACCGAAUUAGUAAGACUGACCGACGAUGUGAAACAGAUAGCGAUUGCUAAAAAACAAUUUGCGAGUGAUAGAACGAAAGAAUUGACGAAGGAUGAAACAUCUAAAAUGUUAAUCGAUAGAAGAUCAAGAAUUUUCAGUUAA